AAGUAUCGUCUGUUUUAUUUGCGAAAACUUGCAAGAUUUGUGUCUAAAUUUUGAUUGUGUCAAUGUACAGUUCAAAGACAAACAACAUGGAAUAAUUACGAUUACACGCCAAGCGGAGCGUGACAAGCUUCAAGGCGAACUAAAACCAUAGAACAUUUACGAAAAUCGUUCUAAUAGUUUGUAGGUCGAGAAGAAGCGACCCGUAUAAGAAUAGUGAUGCAAUAACCUGGCGUUGGUUAAAAAGUUAAGUGCGUGUUAGCAUUAGCAUAGCUUGUGCGUUUACUACGGCCAUAAUAUAGUGUUUCCAUAACAAAAGUAGGUGUAAUUUUUUUAUUUUUUGAGCACAAUUAAUGCAACAUUUGCAUAAAAACUAAGCUCAAUUUAUUGUCUGCUGAUGCGAAGAAAGUAUUUUAUUAAAAAAUAGAACAUAUACAUGUAAGCAAAAGUGAUUCCGUGAAUGUGUGCGUACAACUCUGGUCGUUUGAAGAGAAAAACCAAGCGAUCCAAGCCUCGAAUUUCUAGUACCAACAAACCAAGCGCAGAUUCAUAAAAGUGAUGAAAGCAUAACAGUAAUAGCAGUAAACAGACAACAGACCCCAAUCGAAUAGUUUGUGAGAUGUUCAGCAAACGGUGAAAGCUGAUAAAGUAAAACAUCUGUGAUAAACGUGUAGAUAUUAUUUUAAAUUAUUUUUAAUAUAUACAUAUUUCGACACUAUCGUGACGUAUCCACACUUAUCGAAGAUAAGUUCAAAUACUUGCUGCUUCAUAUAUAAAAUCACGAAACCUGAAGCUGACUUUAAACGGUGGAAUUCAAUUCCAAAGAUAAUUUUCCAUCAAGCCAUUCCAUGCCCCCAGUUAUAAACAACAGCAGAUCAGCGCCAUCUCGAUUGUGACCUGCGUAACGGUUAAUUUCUCAAAAAUUUGACGCAUCCAUAUAAAAACUGCUUCUAUAGUAAACCAGCGUACAAACAUUGCGUCCUAUACGGUACAAUCAACAAACGUUGUAUCACGGUGUGUAUUGGUACAUGAAGUCAUUGUGUGGCUCAUACAUACAUCGUCGUCACGCAUCCAAGCUCAUCAGCUGAGAAAGUCUACACAAGCUCACACAUACACUACCAUUCCAUGGCAGAGCAGUAGUACCAGAGUAUAGCAGCAGAGCUCUAGUCACUUGAAGUCUCCAAUCUGGUCGUCAUUGUAGAAUCCAAUCCCGAAUCGAAUAGUUCUUUGUUACUGACAUUGGGGUGAAGUAAAAGUGAGAGCCACAAUCACGGAAGCAUCCGGGUACUAGGCCAGCCCUCAGUAUGUCUGUCCCUGUACGCUGCUAUUCUGUCGAUACUAUGAACAACAACAUCGAUCAGCAACAGCACGUCGACAUCAGCAGUGGCAGCGCCCAUAUGGAUGACGACGAGUCAAUGAUGCUGAACAAAGUUCAAGUGUCUGAGGAGAUGCAACAUAAUCAGCGGAUGUUGUUAGAGGGCCGGCUUGGGACACCGGAUGCUGCUGAUGCAGUUCUUAUGGAACCACCGAACGAUAGUCAGGCAAGCAACUAUCACCUGAUGACGUCCGGGGCCUCCACCAGCAAGGAUGAUCACCUCACCGGAGGUGGUCCACAAGACUUGGCCGGAGCUAAGUCGGUAUCCCCGCAGAAACAGCCACUAUCGGCGUUGCUCCAGUCUGGGUAUUCUUUCGAGCAGAUGAUGGCCAAAUUAAGCGAACUGAUCGCCCUGGAACCCAAAUACCAGCCGAACCUCUACCUGCCCCAUCAAUCAUGCAGUGGCGAAAUUACUAUCGGCACACGAGACGGCGCUGCCCACGUGUUGCGUUGCCUUAAGGUCUGGUAUGAGCUGCCGAACGAUGUCCUGUUUGCGGCCAUUAACUUGGUCGAUCGUUUCCUGACCAAGAUGAAAGUAAGGCCAAAGCAUAUGGCCUGCAUAUCGGUCAGUGCUUUCCAUCUGGCGGUGAAGCAACUGUCCCUACCGCAGAUCGAUGCGGACGAUUUGGUAGCCAUUUCACAGUGUCGCUGCACGGCGCGUGAUCUUGUACGGAUGGCGGACAUAGUUGCCAACAAGCUUGGUGUCCAAAUGAAUACUUCUCCAGUCACUGCACUAUCCUUUAUUCGGAUUUUUUACUACAUCUUUGCGAAUGCCGCGAAUGCUCUCGGAUUGACCGACUUUUUCACGUCGGCCAUAUCGUUGGCAGAUCUGGAGAUGCGUUUGGAAAUUCUGUCCUGUGAUGCCAGCUGCGCCAGCAUUCGUCCCUCGGAAUUGGCAUUGGUCAUGGUUUUCACCCAGAUGGAUGCGCACGUGAGUGCAAACAAGGAGAAUGAGUUGUACAACCGGCAUAUUCAUGAUCUGGUUGAUUAUGCCAUCCAGCUACAGAAGUUCUGUCGUAUUCCCGAUAGCAGUUUCUUCUACAGUCACAGUAUUGUCGCAAAAAUUCUUUCGCAGUAUAAUGGGCAACAUAAGAUGCCGUAUAAGCAACGGCUAGUUUGGAAGUUGUCGUCUCGCACCAUGAAGGUGCUUCGUCCAACCGACAAGCUCACCUCGUACCUGCCCACGAUCGCGGAACAUCAUGCUCACAACAGUCAUGUUAACAAUAAUAAUCUUAGAUUUAGAACUGGCAGCGUUAGCUCCGAAGACGACGGAGAAGAUUGGCCCACUUCACCCAUUGUAGCAGUUUGUGAACAAUUUGACGAGUAAAAGACCCCCUCCACAAACUACAACGUUCAAAUCGCUGCCGUGCGCUUGUGUUAGUGGGUCCUUGAAGGCCACAUUCUGAACGUUCUUAUUUUGUUAUCUUUGACUCCAUAAGGAUUACAACUACUUUUUAUUCAACUGUGCUGUCAAUAACUACAACGUAGAAGAAGAAGAAGAAGAAGAACACAACAAAACGCGACUAUAAACUUUAACGAAGCGAACUGUGUAAGUGUUUUCUUUACUGAAAGAAGACUUUUUGACUUUUGCUGAUAAGAAGUGAAACCGGAAAUCGAAGCACAAGAGAAAAACGUCAGCAAAGUACGGGACAAACUUGCCUGGCAGAAACUGGAGUAGGAGGCAGAUCACAUCAUCUAGUGUACUACAAUCAACGCAUUCAAACACGCACGCACACUUUCUUAUGUCCGCAUAGUUUCUUGGCUGCCGAUAGCGGACGGUAUUGGGAAGACAACUAUAACAGGCGUAAGUGCGCGCAUUAAUGUAAACAUCGUAUUUGUCUAAUUUUGAUUAAAAACCUAAACAAAACCCGCAAAAAAACUUCACAAAACAUUUUCCGGAAAAAAUCUCUAAAAACAAAAAAGAAUUAAAAGUAUAAAAAUCAUAAAAUAAAAUCAAAAAAAGUACAAAAUAUACAAAAAGUAAAAAAAUCUAGAAAAUAGGUGUUUAACGCAUAGGACAGAAGCAGUUGAAGAGAAUAAGAACGAGAAUUAUUCAACACAGGUUACAGCAGAGAGGACAGGCAAACAAUCUUGAUUAAUUUAUUGCAGCAGAAAACAAAACUGAAGAUUGUGAAAAAAAACGUUGGGGAAAUCUCACAGAGCAGCUAACUGCGACAAAUGUUUUGCGAUUAGGAAACAUCAUUUUACGAAGCCAGUACCGAUUGUGUUAUUAGAUAUUUUUGCCUAAUAAAGCAUACGAAAGAUAAACAUAAAACAUUAAAACACAGUUGAGCUUGUGUAACUUUUGUAGUGGAAAUUCUCUUAUUUUUUUCAUAAAAAGAUAACUAUCACGUAAAGUUUUGAACGAACCACCAAUCUUCUUCGGUCGUUAAACACACGAAAACCAUCUAGUUUACCAGUAUAAAAGCAUAAAAACUACAAAAUACAUACAAAUAAAGCAAAAGAAUAAAAUGUCAAAUCAAUUUCAAUCUGUGUAGUAGUGAAUAUUGUUCUAUCGCUUUCUAAACAAACAGUAAGCAAAAACGAAGCACACCCGCUAUAACCAAAUAUAACAAGAAAAAAAUAAGGGAAAAUAGUAGAGAAUAUAAUUGGUUUUGUAAAAACAAAUUGAAAUCAGCAAAAUUCAUCGCACGGUUUUUGUGUUUCAACGUCGUCACGUAGCAAUAGUUGUGAGAGUUAACGAUUGUUCCAGUCGAUUAAAGAAGAAAGGAAGGAAAACUAAGUCGAGAGCAAACGAGAGGGUCGCAACUGUAAAAUCUCCUUUUCCGUGCCUAAACCACGGCGAACGCAUCAUCAUAUUAACCGAGACACCCCGCCGCUGCUCCUAUUUACCGAUGGUACCCUGUAGUAUGGAAAUCAACGUUUGCAGGGCCAUGAUAGCUGGGAGAAGAAGGAUGCAGAAUAAUAUGAAAAUAUCGUAACGAAAAGGGGAUGAGACGCUCUUCUAUCCGUAAUUCCAGUGCGCUUCAAUCUGCAAUCCAUGCACGACUGUCUGACCCGAAAGCAAAACCUGUUUCUCCAACAGUUUUUACUUGCUGUUAUCUUUGAUCUCGAAUACUUUCGGGGGUCGGGAGCUUGUUUGAAUUGUCACACUUGAAACCUGCGCUUGGAACCAAAGAUUGCAAGAGUGUUUCAUCCCCUUAUUGAUUUAAGCUGAAUCGAGUACUGCAAAAAGAAACAUAAUAGAAAAAUUCGGAGACGCAUCUGGUCUCUGAGAAAGAACAAAACAGAGUGUUUACGAGCAAAAAAUUAAAUGACAAAAGCGAGUAAAGUAUUUUUUACUAUAAAAUAAUAAUUUAUAAACAAAGUUAUUGUGAUUCGAUUUAUUAAAAAAUAACCCGAUUCAUAGACGAAACUCUGCAAACAGGGGAGAAAGUCAAAAGGUUAUCCUUUUAUGUAACUGAAACCGUUAUUUUUUAAAAACUAGUGAAAAAGCGAAACGACAUGGCAAUCGCUAUUCAUGUUCGUGUACCUUCCUUUCAUCUGUUUAUAUUUUUGUAAAUUAUGUUUCCCGUUUUUAAACAAAUUAUUUAUUUACAAUCCAUUGAUGUGAAAAAGUAUCUUAAAAAAGAAUUAAGAGUGAUCAAACACUGAGCACGCUCUCACAUGUGCAAGUAGACUGUUGAACAGAGGUAAUUAAGAAAAUAACCGAAGAUAAACCGAAAAAGAGAUUUUUAUUCACCCAAAAUCUUCAUCUCGAGUGUGCAAGUUGUGUUCUAUAGAUAAAAGAACACACUAAACAAGAAAAAACAUCGCACUUCAUAAUUCUCGUUCGUUUUUUAUUUUUAAACAUUUCGCGUAAUCGUACUUCCAAGAAACCAAACCUUUUUUUUAUUUUAAUAUAUGUAAUUGUAUGUACCCCGCUAAUGCUUUUCCCCAUUUUUCGGGGAAUGUUUCUCUCGGCACCAGUUCUUAAAGUAAUAUCUUUUAGACAUCACUGGUGGAAGCUGCAUUUCAUCUCUGUAUUUAGUAGUUCAGGCAAGAGAGAACUUUUCCCUUUAUAUCAACCACUCCCCAUUACUAUAUACAAAACAUCGGCUAGGUUAUUCAGUAAGAACAAAACAAUAGAUGAAAAGGAACUAGAAGAGCAAGAGCGGAAAUCUUUUCGUGAAAAGACUAUUUUGAUAGAAAGAACAAGCAAGAAAAAACACCACACACAAAUGGCAUGGAUUUUAAACGAAAAUCGUUAUGAUGAAGGUGGUGAAAAUGAACUAAUUGUGUAUGUAUAAUUUAUAUCUCGUAAGGUAUCUGAAAAAGGAAAAAACACGAAAAAAUGCAAUUGAAUUUCAUUUGAAGACAAAUGAAGAAAAAUAAAUACUUUGGUUUAUUUAUAAACUUA